UUGUAUUUCCGGUUUGAUCGAAGUCAAUAGCGUGUUUGUUGUUUACACGACAUGUAUGGAUUCUACUUUCUGUUCGCUUUGGUGAUUUAUUUCUUCGAAAUAGACAACGGAGGAUGGUCUACAGAGAAGGAGGCUAUGAUAGCCAGGCCUGGACCAUGUACAGUAGAUGUGAGGGAUGACAGUAUCACACAGAAAGAAUUCCUUAAAAGUUAUGCAUUUUCAAAGCCAGUAAUAAUAAGAAGAAGAGGAAGUGAAAAUUAUAAUUUUUUGAAAUCUUGUCGAAAAAAGAAAAUGCUUGAAAAAUAUGGAUCAAAGAAAAACAAAUUUCAAAAAAUUCUUUCAAACAAAAUUCCCCCAAAAAAAUGUUCGGG